AUGGGAAACAAUGGAAGCCGGGUGACGGCCCAAGAUAAGGCCAUCCUGGACCUCAAGAUCCAGCGCGACAAGCUGCACCAAUACCAACGGCGCAUCACCGUGCUGACGAACCGCGAGACGGAUGCCGCCCGCGCGAUGCUGGCACGGGGUGACAAGAAGCGCGCGCUGCUGGCCCUGCGGCGAAAGAAGUACCAGGAGUCGCUGCUAGCCAAGACGGACGCGCAGCUCGAACAGCUCGAGAAGCUGACGUCCAAUGUCGAGUUUGCGCUCAUCCAAAAGGACGUGGUCUUUGGCCUGCAACAAGGCACCAAGGUGCUGCAAGAGAUCCACAAGGAGAUGGGCGGUCUUGCGCACGUGGAGAAGCUCAUGGGCGACACGGCCGACGCGAUUGCCUACCAGAAUGCAAGUGGAGGGUUGCCUAUGUUUCGCAUUGCCAUCAUCGAACCUUUAUGCUAA